AUGGACCAACAGAUCGGCUCAGACGGACACAUGACCGUCGUCCAAGCGAUCCCGACGUCCAACAAUCAAGUGCAAGUCGUCCAGGCUGGCCAGGUUAUACAGAGCGCUAAUGGACAGCAGAUCGUCGUGCAUGCCGUGCCCCAGAAUGGCGGUCAGUCGGUACACUUGGGUUCGCCAGGCAACCAACAGUUACAGCUGCUCCAACUGCCUGUACAACAGCAGGCGCAAGCACAGUUGAUUCAGACACCCGAUGGACAAACGUUUAUUUACCAGCCCGUACAAGUCGACAACAGUCAAUCGAUUGCCCAACAACAAACCCAACCAACAUUAAUAAGCAUCAAUGGAAAUAUCAUGCAGUUAUCCAGUCCACCAUCUGGUGGUUCUCCAACCGUCACUCAAACGGCUACUACUGUAGCACAAGGAGUUCCUCAAAAUCAACAGAACAUUGUUAUGAUGGUGCCAAAUGGGAAUGCUCCCAAUAAUACUCAAUUUCAGAGAGUACCCACAACAGCAGAGUUCCUUGAAGAAGAACCUUUGUACGUAAAUGCUAAACAGUACAAAAGAAUACUGAAAAGAAGGCAAGCACGAGCAAAAUUAGAAGCAGAAGGGAAGAUACCAAAAACUCGACAAAAAUAUCUGUAUGAAUCACGCCACAAACAUGCCAUGAAUCGUAUUCGAGGAGAAGGUGGCCGUUUCCAUUCAGGAUCACUGAAGAGAAUGAGUAUGGCAAGUAGUAAAAAUAUGCAAAAUGAUGACUGUAACAUUCGAAUGGACAACCAUAGUUAUCAUGUAACUAUUAAACGCCAAAUUGAUGAUGAACAAAAUUUGCAAUCGCAUAAUGGAUUAGUUUAUAGCAUAAGUGGCUAA